AUGGCACAGUCAAGAAACGUUGAUACCGACGAGAGAGCGCGCGAGGAUGAGCCUUUGCUCCCGACCGCCCAUCGCGCCCGAGCGCCGUCGCAUCCAUCUAAUGUGAAUAAGACGAUCGACUUGCAGCUGGAUAAGCAGAUCCAUCUGGAGUUCGGCGGGCCUAUUGGCGUCACGAUAAUGAUGAUCUUCUUCCCCUCGCUGAUGUAUUAUUUCUGGAUCUGCAUCGAGUUCAAUAACGGCCACCUGGCCCAUCCCGCCAGUCUCGACACGAUAGGAGAGUGGUCUCUCCAGCAAUGGGAUCUACUGGUGAAGCAUGCCGCUCCCAACGUGUUUGCUGUCACAUCGUACACUAUCUUCAUCUUUUUCCAAUUCGCUUUGGCGGCUUUCAUGCCGGGACCGGUUGUAAAAGGACUUCCGGUUCCGAGUUUGGGAUUCAAGCAAUUGGAAUAUUUAUGUAAUGGGCUGUCGAGUUGGUAUGCGACCAUUGUCGCCAGUGUGAUCAUGCAUUACACCGGUCUAAUGCCCAUCUCCCGCAUCAUCGACAAUUUCGGCCCUCUCAUGACCGUGUCUAUGAUCUUCGGUUUUGGCGUCACAAUCGCCACCUACCUCUACGGCGUGCUCUGCAACAAAUCCCACCGCAUGUCCGGCUACGUGAUGUACGACAUUUUCAUGGGUGCGGUGCUCAACCCGCGCAUUGGGAUCGUUGAUUUGAAGAUCUGGGCGGAGAUUCGCAUCCCUUGGGUGUUGUUGUUUUACAUCACCGUGUCGGCUGCUUUCAAGGAGUGGGAGGUGACCGGAGCGGUCAGGCCUGAGGUUUUGUUUAUGGUGUUGGCACACGCGUUGUAUGUCAAUGCUUGUAUGAAGGGCGAGGAGUGCAUUCCGACCACUUGGGAUAUCUUUUACGAGAAAUGGGGUUUCAUGCUGAUUUUCUGGAACUUUUCCGGCGUCCCCUUCACCUACUGCUAUUCCUCCCUGUAUCUCCUCAAAACCGAAACCGGCCGCUCCAUCAACCACCACCCCGUCUUCCUCGUCUUCGAGUACGCCUUGCUAAUCCUCGCCUACUACGUGUGGGACACCGCCAACUCGCAGAAGAACCGCUUCCGCAUGUCACAGUCCGGCACCUACAUCCCCCGCAAAGCCUUCCCCCAACUCCCCUGGGGCACCAUCGUCGACCCGACCUACAUCACCACCCAGCACGGCAGCCAGCUCCUCACGUCCGGAUGGUGGGGCGUCGCGCGCAAAAUACAUUAUACGGCCGAUCUGUCCAUGGCCCUCAGCUGGGGUCUCAUCUGCGGUUUCGAUUCGUGGAUCCCGUACUUCUAUGUCGUUUUCUUUACGUGCGUCCUCGUUCACCGUGUCAGUCGAGACAUGGAGCGCUGCAAGCAGAAGUAUGGCGCGGAUUGGGACGCGUACUGCGAGAAGGUGCCCUAUAUCUUCAUACCAUACGUCUAUUAG